GGGUAUGGGUACGGAUCCCCCACUGGUUUUACUCUCGUCCUGCUCUUCGUUAGCAGAAAUGGGUGCUGUUGUUCUCUCUACUGCUGACCCUCUUACUAAGUCAAAGCUUUCCCAUUUUGCUUACGAUAAAUGGCGCCGAGAAGGUCUUCCUAUUGGAGUUUCUCAAGCACCUCCUAGGCCUGCUCGCCCACUCAAGCCCCAACUGGUUUCGCCUAAAGAAAUUCCACCUCCAAAAACCUCGGGUUUGCCUCUCAAUGCCUAUAUGCUUCAUAAUCUUGCUCACGUGGAGCUAAAUGCUAUUGAUUUGGCAUGGGAUACUGUAGUUCGGUUUUCUCCAUACAGCGAGCUUCUUGGUGAAGGGUUCUUUGCUGAUUUUUCUCAUGUGGCUGAUGAUGAGAGUCGUCAUUUCUCUUGGUGUUCACAGAGAUUGGCAGAACUUGGAUUCAGCUACGGUGACAUGCCAGCUCAUAAUUUUCUGUGGAGGGAAUGUGAGAAAUCAUCAGAUAAUAUCACUGCACGCCUGGCAGUGAUCCCAUUAGUUCAGGAAGCUAGAGGACUAGAUGCUGGACCUCGGCUUGUUAAAAAACUGAUUGGCUUUGGGGAUCAUAGGACUUCAAACAUUGUUGCAAAGAUAGCUGAUGAAGAAGUUGCACAUGUGGCUGUUGGUGUUUAUUGGUUUGUUUCAGUCUGCCAGAAAAUGGGUCGUGCUCCUUGUUCUACAUUCAAAGACAUGUUAGAAGAGUAUAAUGUAGAGCUAAAAGGACCCUACAACUAUUCAGCUCGAGAUGAAGCUGGGAUUCCACGGCAAUGGUAUGAUCCUUCCUCCACAAAGAAAGACGAGAAGAACAAUAAGCUUUCUGAGGUUUAUGACCGCCUUGCUUGCAUAAUUUCUAUGGAACAAGAAAAUUCGAGUUUGGGUAGAACACCUAAAUGACUGUUACUUGACGGAAGCGUCACACUGUUUAUAUAUUCAGCUGUAAGAAAACCAGUGGAUGCUGAAGUACUCGUUUGAUAGCAUGAAGGAAUCUCUAAUCUUGCUUCAGUGAUUAGUGAAGCUAAAUAUCACAAGAUUUCUUACUACCAAUUAUGAAGCAUUGGGAUACACAGUCUCAGCAAGGGUGUAGAUCAACAUUUCUAGCCCCCAUUCAACUCUAUGGAGCUGGGUGUUAUUCUUACACUUAGAAUUUAUAAUGUAAAUGUUGUUCACUAGGUCACAUGUUGGAAAGACCAGUUAUUGAUAACUACAAAGAAUGGUGUUCUACUGUGGAAGAUGGUUGGAGAUCUUCUACGGAAUGUCAUCAGUAUGAUGUUUUGCUCAAUGUUUUUUUGUUUCACUCACCUUUCUAUCUUCCGACCAAGGAAGGGUGCAUCUCAGAUGUCGUUCCAGGUGAGCUUAUUCUUGCUAAAAAUUUUCAUUGGCUUUAACUUAAUGCUGUUUCACUUAAUUACUCUGUUAGUUAUUUAAAAAAUUCCUUUUCAUUACAAGUUAUAUUUUUGGGUU